AUGCCAAGGAUUCCAAUCAAUCCUCCGGCAGAAUUUGAGAAGGUACGAGACUUUUUAGAAAAAGUUGAAGCAGAAAUGAGAAGACUUGAGAAUGCACCACUGGCUCCCAGGAACCAAGAGAACUUCUGGCCAAUCUUCCAGCUGCAUCACCAACGAACAAGGCACAUCUGCAAUCUUUAUGACAAUGGAGAGAUAAGCAAGGAAUUGUACAAAUAUCUUGUGGAAAACAUGUUUGUUGAUCAUAGCUUAGCUUGUUAUUGGAAGAAAAUGGGCUAUGAAAAUCUGUGCUGUGUUAGAUGCAUUCAACCUAUUGAUAGUAAGCAUGGAAAUGUAUGUGUUUGCAGAGUGCCUCAAAGAAGCAUUAAUGCAGGUCAGGUUGUUAGAUGUGAUAAUUGCGGAUGUAUGGGAUGCUCUGGAUAUUAA